CACUGUAAUAAGACACUUACAUAGAUGAAAACUGGAACUUUCAUGCAGUUGAAGUGUAAUUAAAAUUCUGCUAAUUAUGUGAUAUAGAAAAAGAAAUCUAGAAGCCAGCUUUCCUGAAACAACAAGUAAAACUAAGGUAAGAUGGGUCAAGGCAACAGCAACCCUUUACGGGAGAACCUGGAGUCCCUUCACAACCAGCUGAUGAGACAAGCCGGUGCCGAUUACGACAUCGCGACCACCACCACACUCACCUACGACCACUUCCUAGGAUACAUUACACAACUGAAUCAAAUAUGUAGAGAGUACAAAGAUAGCGAGGGUCACGUCCUUGUAUUUGCUGUGAAGAAAGGUACAGAUUCCACGAUAUUCUGGAAAGCAACAGUUCGUAUUGCAUGUGUGAAACUCAAUACAUCGACAAAUAAGGUCCAAUCGUACAGGCUUCUCAAUAUACGACAAUUUCUACAGGUAUUCCGUCGUAUAACAUAUGAGUGCACAGGUGGCUCCUUAGGUGGUGUUGAAGGCAUGCUUGGUGUUGAUUCUGCAGAUGGCAGUUCAGCUGUGCGGAGCGAGGAAGUGUCUGUCCCUCCUACUAUGGCAGCGUCGAUGGUCCUGGGAAGGAUGCAGGAGCUCCAGGGCGGGACAGGAAACCCCUUGCAGGAGGAAGAUCUACGAAGUGAUGGUGCCACGGGGACCUGCGGAACGAGUCUGGAGGAGUGCGUCAUCUGCCUGGAGAGACGGCCGGAUGUGAUCCUCCCCUGCGCCCACGCCUACUGCCUCCCCUGCAUCGAGCAAUGGUGGGAAUAUGCUAGCCCCUCCUCUCAAGAAUGUACUUCCAGCAGUGUUGUGUACUCCAUGUCUGUUGUGGACAAGACGUGCCCCGUGUGUCGCGAGUCAUUGAAGAGCACAGACGAUACUUGGGUGCUGUCGGAAGUGCCAGACGACGACCAGGUUAACGAAGAGAUCCGCAGAACGUUGAUCGGCUUGGCAGGAGACAAGGCUCAGAGUCCUAUGUAAAAAGCAGAAGAAGGAAAAAUGAGAAGGGAGAAUCAAUAAAGUAAAAGAAGUAAGAGGAAUAAAAACAAUCAGGAAUUGUGGAAAAUAAAUCUGAAUUUCUUUUUCUUUGAAACUGUAAAUAGCAAAUAUAGUACAUGAAGUACAGAUUUUACAAUACAUAAUUAUUUGGAAUCUUUAUAAUGAGUGAAUAUAAUUUUUUUGCUCUUUUUUUGAAGUGGCAGUCAUAGAUAAUGCCAUACUCUAUGAAUGAGUUUAAGCUAGAAACUCCGGACUUACUGGAACUGGCAUAAUGUAGGAUUUUGACUUCAAGAAAAAUGAAAUAUCGGUACACGAGAUCAAAAGUGUAUAGUACCGCAGGAGAGCAUUUUGUAUGCCAAAAAUAAGAGCAAAGGAAAAUUAUACCAUACAUUUCCUUCUACCACAAUUGAGGACUUUUUAAGGAGGUGUCCAAAUGUUGUGAUGUUAUUCACAGUGUGGAGAUGAGUGUGAAAUAUUUUACUUAAAAAGAUACAUAGAUAGAUGAAUACAUAAAUGCAUAGAAAGGAAAGGCUCUGAGUUUUAAGUGCCUCAAAGAAAAGGGUCUUUGUAAAUUGUGAAUCUCGGAAUUAUAAAUGCUGUUUUUGUUAUCAUUACAAUUAUGAUAUAGACAAUAAAAAUGCAUUCCCAUUUCCCAAGACAAAAGCCAGUAGGUGAAGAUUAGUAAAGCUAACUUACAAGAGGUCCGUGCUUCAGAAUGCUAUGUUUGGGCUGUCAUAAUAACUGUAGUGCAGAGUUAUCAUAGGGAAAAGAUGACACUCCAAAUGCCAAGCAGUCAGGCAUUAAUUUUUUCAGGACUAAUAAUCAAAGCAAGAAGAUUAUUUACAUAAGCCUUUUCUCACAUUAUGUAUUUAUUUUUAUUGUUUUCCUAUAAUCUUAAUCAUUUUUUCCCAUUAUUUGUUUCACAUUCGGUUGAUUCAAACAAGUCACUGUGAACUCAACGACGAAAAUUCUUUAUUGACUCAUAGUUUGCCUGCGGACUCUGCUGUGGCAAAAGUUAUUGUACUAUGAAUAUGUAAAUAUAUAUAUAUAUGCAUGUGUAUUUUUAGCCCCUUAUAUGGAUACAGCUAAUGGUUUUAUACAGAAUAAUCCAUGCAAUUGUAUAAUGGAAGCAUCAUACCAAAUACAUUAAUAUUACUUGUAAUAAAUAGUUUUAUUCAUCUAGUCAUGCAUUUAGCAGUUUAUGGAAAUUCAGUGUGUAAUUUUCACAUGAAGAGCUGUGGCAUUGUGCUUACAAUUUGUAAUUCUGUAUUAUCAGACUCAGGAUUAAGCUGGAUAUUGUAUCUGCUUUAUUGAGAGUGUCUUCAUAAAUACAAGGUUUUAGGACAUCAGAUACUGUAAUGAGUAAUGUUUUUUUGCAGUGAACAUACAAGGAAGUUUGUUGGACUUAAGAUAGUAAGGCUAUAUAAGAAAAGAAAAACAUUGUUUGGUUAGUAUCCUCCACCUUUCAAUCUGGGAAGACUCAAAUCAUAAUUUUUUUUUACAUAUGUAUCCAUUUUAUUUUAUAUUUAAUUUAUGAUGGGUUAAGAUCUAUAUACCACAGACAGUGUACAUCAGUACUUGAUACAUACUAGUCUGGCUGCAUGAACAGGAUUCAUAGCAUUUCUUGCAUUAAUUUCAUAAAGAGAAAAGAAAUUUACUUGGGCUGGAGGGAAUGCUAACCAAAUAUUUUUUUGUAUGGCCUAAUUAUGUCCAUUGAGAUAAAUAUGUAUUGUAGCUCUUUUGCUUGAGGAACAGAUUGCUUUGAAGUACUUACUUAAAAUCACACUUCUUACUUACUUUGUAGUGGGUAUGGUUCAAACACAGGUUGAAAUUAUUGAACACAGUGGAGAAAGGAAUGUCCUGUGGCUGUCAAAAAAUUAGUGUUUUGUAUAUCAAAGGUCCCUCUAAUUUUGUGCUCUAGGUGAUAACUUCAAGUGUAUAAAGGAACCUUAUAGAUGUAUGUAGUCUUUGUUUUGAGUAAGAUUUACACAUAAAGACUAAUUGUAAGUUCUGACUAGAUGUGGUAAAGAAUGUGAAACUGAUGAUUUAAAAGCAUUCACUAUUUCUAGAAGUAAAUUGUGACUUCGGGGGGUAUAUAAUCUUUGCUAUUGAUGUAUUUUUCUGUCAGUAAUCAAGAAAGAGAGUUGGCUGACAUGUGAACAAUAGUUGAUGUUCAGAUAUUGUGAUAUGGUUUUAACAUACUUUUUGGUCUUGUGGAAUGUUAACAUUGAAGAGGAAUUGAAAAAUUAAGAAUAUAUAUGAAUUGUUAUGUUCAUGAUUUCUCAACACACAGGUCUUAUGGUUGCCGUGGAUAGUAUUAUUUAGCACAAGUGGUGUAAGCUUUACAAAAUGUGACUUUGCUUUGAAGAAAUGUUUACAGAUUUUAUUAUUCUGUGGGCUCUUAAAGGCUUAGCUACAAAAAUAUGUAGUACAGGUAGUAAAUAAUGAGGAGUUGAACUGUUUUAAUAAAAUUAAAAUGAUUUUUA